UUUGCUCCGGGACAACAGGGGGCGCUGUCGUGCGGGCCGUUAUUUAUAUAGUAGCGACAAGAUGGCGGAGUCAGAAGGUCCAAAAGCUGGGUCUUGCACUUUUCUAUUCAAAAAAUCUACAAAGAAAUUCUCCGGGCGGAAGAGGAAAGCAAGCGAUAGCGAUAAAGAUGGCAGCAAUGACGAAGACCAGAGCACUGUGGUCAGAAGAGAAAAGAAGGACACUGGAGUCAACCCUAUGAUUCAAAGAACAAAGAAAGUGGAAAGAGAUGCUGUAUCGUCCAGUGAAAGUGAAGAUGACAAAGAAGACAAGAAGAUCACAGUUGCCUAUAAGUCCACACGGUCGGCAAAACCAGAAGGACCAGAAGACAUGGGCGCCACUGCUACAUAUCAGCUGGACACAGAGAGGGACAAGGACGCUCAGGCCAUCUUUGAGAGAAGUCAGAAAAUCCAAGAGGAGCUAACAGGUAAAGAAGAUGACAGAAUCUACCGUGGCAUCAACAAUUACCAAAAAUUCAUCAAGCCCAAAGAUACCACCAUGGGCAAUGCCUCCUCUGGCAUGGUCAGAAAAGGACCAAUCCGAGCCCCUGAACACCUCAGAGCCACAGUUAGGUGGGACUACCAGCCCGACAUUUGCAAAGACUACAAAGAGACCGGUUUCUGUGGUUUUGGAGACAGCUGUAAGUUCCUUGACUGCAUGUCAGUGUUUUGUGCCCGCAUUAGCAUCCUGAACAAUGUUUGUACUUUAAUUUAAGAUGAUGAGAACUACGAGGUGAACAGUGAUGAAGAGGACUUGCCCUUUAAGUGCUUCAUCUGCAGGGAAUCCUUUAAGAAUCCCAUUAUCACAAAGUGCAGGCACUAUUUUUGUGAGGCCUGUGCUCUUCAGCAUUACCGCAAGUCCAAGCGCUGCUAUGUGUGCAACACUCAAACUAACGGUGUCUUUAACCCUGCUAAAGAGUUGAUGGCCAAGAUGGAAAAACAUCACGCUGCAACAGACCAGCCACCAUCAGAAGAGGAAGAUUAGCAACAUGCGAACCUUUUCAACCUUUACGUUAUUUUUGUGUCAAUUUUGAAUAAAAUAACCUUUUUAGAUCUG